CGUUCACCUGCGCGGAUCACCGCCUGACCCGAGUAGGAAGCCAGGCCACCGGUAAAACAUGAACGGGAGAGCCGCUUAUGUGGUCACCGAGGAAGAGAUCAAUCUUACCAGAGGACCCUCGGAAGGAUUUGAGGCAUCUUAAAUGACUAAGAAUUUCCAGUGGAAAGUUUUUAUAGUUUGGUGUUGAUGGAGCUGAGGGCAUAUCAAGGGCUGGGCUUCAACAUCGUCGGUGGGACAGAUCAGCAGUAUGUCUCCAACGACAGUGGCAUCUACGUCAGCCGUAUCAAAGAGAAUGGGGCUGCGGCCCUGGAUGGGCGGCUCCAGGAGGGUGAUAAGAUCCUUUCGAUCAAUGGCCAAGACCUAAAGAACCUGCUGCACCAGGAUGCUGUAGACCUCUUUCGUAACGCAGGCUAUGCUGUGUCUCUGAGAGUGCAGCACAGGUUGCAGGUGCAGAAUGGACCUAUAGGACAUCGAGGAGAAGGGGAGCCAAGUGGUAUUCCCAUAGCAAUGGUAUUAGUGCCAUUGUUUGCCCUCACCAUGGUGGCAGCCUGGGCCUUCAUGAGAUACCGGCAGUAACUCUGAAAAGCCUGCUUUCUUCUAGUGCGUCCAAUGAAGAUACAUUUCUCCCACCCUCUUCCCCUGCCAUUCUCCCACAUCUUUCCCUCUCUUCGUAGCCAACAUCUGAUUUAAGGUGACUGAUCCUUGCCUAGAACCUUGCUGUUCGGAUUGCUAGUCUUCAUAUUCUAAUGGGAGAGUAAAGGUAUUGUUUGAAGGAAAACUGAAGAAAAGACUUACUAAGAACAAAUAAGGAAUUAUCUAUUUUACCAAGACUGCUACUAGAAAUUCAGCUACCACCCAAAGAGGGAAAGGUCCAGUGUUCCAGUCACCAUGGAUGACACGUUUUUUCCCCUUAACUGGCAUGCCUUAAAAGCCAGCUGUGUUAUAUGGGAGGAGGAGAGGAUUUUUCUUUUUGAUAAUCUUCCUUGUGAAGUUUUUGUGGCCUUUAUUUAAUUUGUAACUACAUACCUGGGUGCCUAUAUCAGACAAAGGAGAACUAGAACAUUUUUAGUUUUUUAAAAAAGGAAACACACAUAUAUGUAUCUGUGGAGUAUAUAGUGAUGCCUAAUGGAGAAUUAAAGAGAUGAGAAAGUUGCUCUGGUUUCUAGAUUUCUGAUUUAAAGAUCUUAAGUGAUGAACUUGAAGACUUAUUUACAGAGGACAUCUAGUGGGAACAAGGGAGCGAGGCUUAAAGGAGGAUGCCCAGUCUGAGUCGUUAAAAAUAGAACUGAAAAAAUAUGUGUAACUGAAGGAACUAACUGAAAACCUUAGAAGAACAUUAUUUUUUCUCAUAAUAGCUGUGGUAAAGUUGAAGUAAAUUGCCAUAAUCCAGCUCUGUUUAAGUCAGUCUGUUCAAAACCUUCGGGGUGUAGAGACAAAUCUUAUCAAUUUUUGGAUUACCCUAGUGACUUGAUAUCUCAUAGUCCUGUUAAAGGGUCAGCUAGAGUGAUUGUGGUCAAGGAUGUAGCAAUGGGGCCAAAUCAACUCAGUGCGAAAACAUGGAAAGUACAAAAGAUAGUGCCUCUAAAGUGGCAUCUGAACCCUCCGGGCUGUCUACAAGUCUUUUUGUAACAAGUCUAGUAAUAAGCAAACCUGAGAGAAGGAAUGGCUGCCACGGCAGGAUAGGCAUGAAGUCAGCUGGCUUCCGAGAGGUCCUAGAUUGUUACCUUUUGUUGUUUUAUUUUGUUUUCUAAAAGUUCUAAACACUGGUUCUGGUUUUAUUUAGUACAUUGUUUUCCAGGGAAGGGUAGAAGUUUUGUUUGUUUUAGGCGUAGGGAAAUUCAGUGGGUGUUUCAUCGGGAAGCCUAGUAGGAGGAUAGGAAUGAAUGGAUGUCAAGGAAUAUGAAGCGUAUUGGUGAGGUGGGAACUACCCUGUUCACAUGCUAUUUAAAGUUGGAUUUAAAGCAUGAAAGAUGGCAGAACUAAGGGUAAUUUUCUGGCUUUAGGAAAUUCAUUUUCAUUCUGCGGAUAUACUGGCCAUGUUGUAGGCCUUGUAUAAUUUUGACAGCAAGAUUAUGAGGAUUUUCAGGCAAUCAGUUUUACCCUGCUUUUCACAUGGAUGAUCUAGUAAUUAUUUAACAAGCAUUGACUGGACAUCAGCUCUGUUAAGACAUUCUUUAAAAAGAAGUAAAAGGUACAGCUUCCAUCCUAAAAGGCCUUUUUGAUUCCAUUUGGUAAGAGAAUACUUAAAAUGGAUUUAGCCUCACAGGCAGGACAAUGUAAGUUGGUGUUAAGUUUAUAUGGCAGACUGAAAAAGACAGGAUACUGAGAAUCAGGGCACUUAAGAUAGUUCCAUGGGGGAAGAGAACAAGUUAAGGACUCUUGUGGAGCCACUGUCUGGUUACACGAAGUCAUAAAUAGGUGAAAAAUUAAAAUGUAUCAUCAGGUUAACUAAUAAUUGAAAACAAUAAUAAAGGAAAUGGUUCUAUGCAGGACAUAAAGUAACAACAAAGAAUAUAUGCAGACAGCUACCACAUUUUUUAAAAAAAAGUUUAGGGAAAACUGCCAUAUAAUAGCAACAGGCUAAAUUGGAAAGGAAAAGUCUUUUAAAAAUAAAAGGUCCCAUGAAAUCUUGCCUCUGGGUUAAAUAUUGGUACAGGAAGAAACUGGCUUUAAAUGAUCGUGGUAUAACUUAACAAUGUCUUUCAACCUUAACUGUUCAGUACCUUUGAGACUUGGACACCUGAACACAUUAUAGGUUCACAGAGAAACACUGACAAUAUUCCAUGUCUCACUUGAGCCCACCCCGCUGUGGAGGCAGACCCUCUGGUACCUUUUCUGUAACUGAAAGCAUAGUCAGCAGCUUCUGCAGUGG